AUGCAAAAAGUGGUAUUAGAAGAAGACCACGAGGAUACAAUAAAAACAAAAUAUGGGAUUGCAAUAUGUUUAUACGACAAAAAGGAAUUCAAUGGCGCUGAACAGUUAUAUAUAGAAGUUGAAAACGUGCAAAUAGGUGUUUUAGGAGAGAAACAUGUAGAUACACUUAAUACUAAACACUGGUUUGCGAGAUGUUUGUAUAAUAAAAAUCAGUUUAAGGAAGCUGAAAAGCUACUGAAAGAAUUAGAAACUCUUCAAAAAGAAGUUUUAGGAGAGGAACAUACGGAUACAAUCAAUUAUAAAUUCUGGAUUGCCAGAGAGAAACAUCUAGAUACAAUAAAUACUAAAUACUGGUUUGCAAGAUACUUAUAUAAUGAAAAUCAGUUUGAUGAAGCAAAAAAGUUAUUGAGAGAUGUUUAUAAUAUGCGAAUGGAACAUUUUGGAGAUAAACAUCUGGAUACUCUGAAUUCAAAAUACUGUAUUGGAAGAUCACCAAAAGACUUAAGGGAAAUUAUUACUUCAUUGUGUGAUUCUUUAUCACAUGCUCAUUUGUUUAAAAAGAAAAUAGAGCUAGAAAAUAGUAAGAAUCCUCAGUUUGUCCAUAAAACUCAAAAUGAUCUUCAAAAGAUUAAGAUAGAGAUCAUUGAUAUACUUUAUAAGAAGAAAGUUGAUGCAUUUAAAAUAUUUCUGAACCAAAUUAUUAAACAUGAAAAUUUGCAAGAGGUUAAAAAACUUAUUAACAGUCUUAGAAAAGCUAAUUAUUUAGAUAAGUUAAAGUUACAAAUAAAACCUGAGAAGCUACAAGAAAUUGAACAAUUGGUAAUACAGAUUUCUGACAGUAUUACACUAAAGGAACAUAGUAAUGAGUCAAAUAACAAAAAUGAACUUCUCUAUAAAAUAUUUUUUACUAUUGAGUUAGAAGCGAUAGAAGAAGCAAAAGAUAAAGGAAAGUUUCAAGAAGGAUUAAAAGCUAAAAAACAGAUUUAUGAAGUACAACCGAAACUUGAUGCUGUAUUUAGUAAGUUAAAAGAUGGUAAAAUUAAACAAGAUUCAGUAAGGCAGAAGGAGUAUGAAUCUUUAGGUAGGGCGCUAUGGUUUAACGAAAUGAAAAAAAAGAUCACAAUGAAGCAAAAUGAAUUAAAUAAAAAAUUUGAAAUUAAUAAGAGGGAUGAGUGUGAAAAAAUAGGUCUAGCAGAUAAGAUAAAUACAAUUAUUGACAACAAUUUUAAAGAAAAUACUGAACAAUUAAGUAAAAGAUUAGAAGCAUUAAAGCGGUUAGUGCCUGAUAAUAAUUUAGAACUUAUACAAAAAUAUAAUCAAAAUAAGAAAUUACAAGCAGCAGUGGAAAUGCUGGUUUUGGAUUUAGCAGAAAUUUUAGAAAAUAAAUCGCUUUUGGGAAAUAAUAGGCUGUUUUUUCAUAAAGAUUCUCUUAUUUUAAUAGGAAAAUCUUUACGCAAUUAUUUAGCACAUGGUGAUGCUCUAAUUGAUGCUUUACUAUUUGAUCCAUCAAUAGCAAUUAUUUCAAAUGCUAUAAAAUUUCUUUUAGAAGGAAAAGAUUUGGUUACAAAAGGAAAUAUUAUUGGUCAGAAAAUAGUAGAGAAUCCUUCUGAUUUGAAUAAUUAUUAUAACCAAAGCUUAGAUCUUGUUUUUAAUCAAAAUGAAAUGUUUAUUGCUACGAAUAUUCAUAUUGAUUAUAUUAAUAGUCAAAAACCUUUUCAUAUUGCUGCUACUUUUGGAAGUAAUAAGAUUAUAAAGUAUCAUAUAAAAAAAAAAAAAAAAUCAAACAAUAAUGAUAUAGACCAUUAA